AUGCUUGUUACCUACUUCUCCUCUUUAAAGCCCUUUUUAUAAGUUCCCACUCCCACUCUGCUUCCUCAACUCUCUCCUUUCCAUUCAACCUUCCUAGAGAGAGAGAGAGAGAAACAACCAUCCAUACAUACACAUCUACUUGUAUCUAUCUAUAUCUUGUUACUACUAACAGUGCUAAGCCUUAAUCUUUGAUCUGUUUUGUUUUGUUGAAAAAAUCAAUGAGUAUGGAAAAGCAUAAAUGUAAGCUAUGUUCAAGAAAAUUCUCAAGUGGUAAAGCUAUGGGUGGUCAUAUGAGGUCUCAUUUAAGGUCUCUACCACUUCCACCAAAAACUCCACCACAAAAUCAAGAUUCUGGUGGUGGUCUUAGUGAAUCAACUCUGUCACUCUAUUCAGUUGAGGAAAUUGAAGAAGAGAAACAUUUGGGUAGUUAUGUGUUAAGAGAAAAUCCAAAAAAGAGUUCCAAGAUUGUAGAUCCUGAGUUUUUGGAUGCUGGUUCAGUUGUACAUGAUAAAGAUCAAAGUGAAACUGAGUCAACUAAGAAACCAACAAGGAGAAGAUCUAAAAGAACUAGAAGAAUGUUCAUGUCUGAAGAAAAAUCAGUUGAUGAUGUUAAAAAGGAGAAAUCCUUAAGUUCAUUUUCAGAUACUUCACCUGAAGAAGAUGUUGCUGUAUGUUUAAUGAUGCUUUCUAAAGAUGUAUGGAGAAAUUCACAUGACCAAAAACAAGGCAAGUACUACCAAUGUGAGAUUUGUAACAAAGUGUUGAAAUCUUCACAAGCUUUAGGAAGUCAUAAAACAAUUCACAAGAAAAACAACAGUUCUUGCAUUGAAGAAGAGAACAUUAAGGGGAAAUCAAAAGAAAAUUUGAGGCAAUUGAGAGUGAAGAAUGUGGAUGAUGAGAAAGUGCAUGAAUGUCCAUUUUGUGGGAAAAUAUAUGGGUCAGGUCAAGCACUUGGUGGACAUAAAAGAUCACAUAUAUUGAGUUCAUCAAUAACUGGUUCUUCAUCAUCAAAAGUUGGUGAUAGUUUAAUGGAUUCAAGUUCUGGUAAAUUCCCAUUUGGGUUUAUAGAUCUUAACAUGCCAGCUCCAAUGGAAGACGAAGAUUUUAGUGUUUCUUGAUUAAUCAAUCCAUUAAAGCAGAGCCAUUGGAGAGAAGAAUAUGGGAGGUCAAAAUGGUCAUUAUCUCUCAUUUUCUUUUCUUGUUGUGUUUUGUUUUUUCUUUCCAUUAUUCUUUAGUAAUUUUGUUGAAAUGGGUUCUGCUUUGUUAUAGAAAAGUAUUGAAUUUUGUUCCAA